AGUGCAACUAAUUCCAGGAUCAAUUGAGUGGAAUCGGAGCAAACAAGAACAAACGUACGCAGCCUGGUUCAAUCGUCUGCCAGAAUCAUCCAACUGAAGAAAAGGCGGGAAAGCCAUUAUCGAGCAGACGGAUUUUAGAUGUACUCGAUUAACCCUUGGAGUUGUCUAAAUCAAUUGAAGCAAAUUGCUCGAUGCUGGCCAGAGAUAAGACAAAGGAUAUGACUAUUAAAAACAUAUUUGAAAACAAGUUCAGGAAUCCAAUUAAAAUAUCGGUGGUGCGUCCACGGAAUUUGGCGAAGAAUCAACGUUGUCCAAUAAUACCUGCUUUGAAAUUAAUGACUCACGGAUGUACAAUUUUGCAUCGGUAAAUAUUAUUUUGACUCGGGUAUUAUUCAUUCAUAAAUAGGUUUGAGAAUAGUAUAUAUUUAAGUCAUUAAUUUCACCGUUCCAAACGCGGUUGAGCACUUUGAAUGGAUAUAAUCUUACGAGGAGUAAGCUAAUCUGGAGCCGCCAAUCUUUACCAUUAAGAAAUACAAACGCCAAGGGUAAUUAUUGUAUUUGAGGAACAUUAAGUGAUUUUACCUGUAUUGAACCUUAAGUGCUUUUAUUCAAUAUCGAAGAGACAAAUGAUAUAAGAUAUUUCUAUCCGAAGAUUGAGAGCGAAAAUAUUAUGUAACCUUCCGGCACCGUCCAAGCUACAGCGGAUCGGAGCGUUCUAGAUCGCAAUCGCCUCUAGGAUAAAUUCAUCUUGUAGGCAAUACGGCCCCAAUGAUUCAAUAUUGAUUGAACAGGGAGGUAUAAAAAUCAGAACUGAUAACACAAGAAGUUUCAUUUUAGUCAAAAAUAGAAGUUGAUUGAAGUGGUUAAGCAAUCUAAAGCCAUUUUGGAUUCUAGACGCAGCGGUUCUACCACGAUAGACAUCACCAGGAAGCGAUUCCGACUCUUGUCGGACAUUGGACAAAUUCCACUUAAAAGUUUCUCUAAAUGAAGUGUCACUUAGUGAGCUAUUAUAACCAUUACAGAAGAAAUACUCGAAGAGGGAUUUCUGUCAAAAGAAGCUGGGAAAUAUAAUCUAGCAUGGCAAUUCUUGAUAAUCCCAAUUUAGAUAACAACAACAACACCGGACUAAAUCCACCAACAAUGGCUGGAUCUGCGGAACCCUAUGCGGACUAUGAGCCCUUUUCACGGAAUAAAAACAGUGACAUACAUGUAUACGACAUGCUCUAUACUAAUUUUACAACUGACACCUAUGAUAGUGACAAUUUCAGCUACAAUGGGAGCACAAAUGGAACAUGGGCUAAUACCACAAGGCAAAUUGUGAACAGUAACGAAGUGGUGAUAACGUUGUACACGUUAAUCUUCGUGUUAGCAGUUUUGGGAAAUUCCCUCGUUAUAGUGACAGUUUUACGGAACAAAAAGAUGAGGAAUGUGACCAAUAUUUUCCUGUUGAAUCUUUCCAUAAGCGAUUUGAUGCUGGCCAUCUUCUGCAUGCCGUUCAAUCUCAUUCCCAUUGUGCUUAAAAAUUUCAUCUUUGGUGAGGUGAUGUGUAUCGGAACUCGUUACAUACAGGGUAUUACAUAUGGGGUGAGCAGUUUCACUCUGGUGUCUAUGUCUAUGGAGCGCUACUUCGCCAUUGUCCAACCAUUGAGGUCGAGAGGUUGGCAGACGACCUCCCACGCAAGAAAGGUCUGUCUUAUUGUAUGGGUCCUCGCCGCCAUUAUUAUGAUCCCGAUCCCGAUACAUAUGAGACACGGCGCUUUGACGAACGGUGGAUAUAAGUGUCAGGAGGAUUGGCCCCAAGAUUUACUCUACCUAAAGAAGGCUUAUACUGUGUUCCUGGAUAUCGUUCUUUUACUAGUGCCGUUGAUAAUCAUGGUGUUUGCAUAUAGUUUAAUCAGUCGCAGGUUGUGGAUGGGAAUAAAGUUCGAGGCCAAGACAUCCUCAGAGCUACGUAAACUAAACGGCAAACGUGAGCAGGAGCUAAGAGACUCAUCUGAAGCUCUCGUUUCACAGAGUAGUAGUCCCCUCUCGAAAUAUAGUAGUAAAGAUGGGGAUCAGUCAAAUGGUAGUAAACUCCAAAAUGGGUGCAGUUCGUCCAAGAAAAAUGUCAGUAAUAAAGACAGUAACAGGACAAGUAGCAAUGCAAUUCGACAAACGAACUAUGAAAGGAGUUUAGCCUCGAAGAAGAGGGUUAUCAAAAUGUUAUGUAUUGUUGUAUUAGAAUACUUUUUAUUCCUCACACCAUCACACGUGGUGAAUGCUUGGAUCAUGUUUGACUAUCAUGGCGCGAGAGCAGUUCUCAGUCCAGGAGUUGUGGCGUUACUCAAUUUACUUUCCUACUGCACCUCGUUCUGCAACCCAAUCACGUACUGUUUCAUGCACAAGAGGUUCAGACAAGGGUUUCUGGAUGCAUUCCGUUGCCUUGGAAACAAGAAUUCCUCGAGACGGCGUUGUUGUAUCACAUUAGUUAAGGCGGUCGGCACUCCUACAUGUCCUAACAGAGGGUGUAGUGGAAAGGUUCACACAUACAAGGGUGGACGCUGGUACAGUUGUUUGAGUCAAAUGUUUGCGUCAAAUGAAGUUCAGGGUAUUCGUCGACUGGAUAUGGAUAUACUUCCCGAGUGA